GUUACAGCUGAAAGCAAGGGGGUGCCUCAGCUGCUUUGCAAAGGCUCUCUGAGGUGCACGUAGGGAUCUGUCCAAUGUUUUAUUUUCCUGCUUCUCUCCAACACCCACUUGCCCUGUUGGUUUUGCAAAGCACUAGUGCACUGCUGUCAGAUGCAUCAGGAAAUGGUUGUGGGAGGAAAUAGCUUGCAGAGCCUGUGGGGAACUCGAGUCACAGAAGUACUGACAAGGAUGCAAGGUGUCUUGCAUUGUUUAUAUGUGAAGCCCAGGGCCCGGCAACCAUCAGGGAGAUUCACAAAGGCGGGGGGAAAGAUGUCAGAACUUUCUCUCUCAGUAGAGCUCCCCAACAAAAGCCAAACCCAGGCUGAACUACCAGAUGAUUUCUCGCUGAGCCGGGAUGAUGCCAGCUCCUUGGGUUCUGAUUCUGAACUGAAUGCGGUGCCUCCAUAUCGCCAGACAGACCGCUAUGGCUUUAUUGGGGGCAGUGGCCUCCAGGAUGGUCCUGGUCAUAUCUCAGCUGAACUCAUCCGACACCGUGAGACCAAGUGGCUGGAGAUGACAGCUCAUUGGGAUAAAACCAUGGCUCGGCGCUACAGAAAGGUAAAGCUACUAUGCCGGAAGGGGAUCCCUUCAUCCUUACGUGCCCGCUGUUGGCCUCUGCUGUGUGGAGGACAGACCAAAAUGAAGAGGAGCUUCAUAAAGUAUCAGGAACUGCAGGAGGCACCUGGUGAUUCUCAAUGGGUUGAGACCAUCACAAAGGAUAUUCACCGCCAGUUUCCUUUCCAUGAGAUGUUCCUGUCACCUGAGGGGCCUGGGCAGCAGGGGCUACUGCAGCUGCUGAAGGCCUACACUGUGUAUCGGCCCCAGGAGGGCUACUGUCAGGCCCAAGGACCACUGGGUGCCCUGCUGCUCAUGCACAUGCCUCCAGAGCAAGCCUUCUGGUGCCUGGUGCAGAUCUGCGAGCACUACCUGCCUGGCUACUACAGUCCCAAGAUGGAGGCACUGCUGCUGGACAGCGAAGUCUUUGUGGCCCUCCUGCGGCGUGUGUGCCCCAAGGCGCUUAAGCACUUGCAGAAGCAUGGUGUGGGGCCUUUGCUCUACAUUCCCGAGUGGUUCCUGUGCCUCUUUGCCCGCACUCUGCCCUUCCCGACUGUGCUGAGGGUCUGGGAUGCCUUCCUCAGUGAGGGGGUCAAGGUGCUCUUUCGUGUGGGGCUGCUAUUGGUCCGCUUGGCCCUGGGCUCCUCAGAGAAAUUACGUGACUGUACAGGCCUAUUGGAGACCCUGGAGAAGCUGCGCAGUAUCCCAGCUCAUCUCUUGCAGGAAGACAUAAUCAUGGCUCAGGUUCAUGAUAUACCCGUCUCAGAUCGCGAUUUGGAGCGUGAAUGCCGAGUCCAGCUAGCAAAGAUGCGCAAAAGUCAGCCUGACUUCCAGUACACUCCAGAACAUCGUCUGUCUGGUGCGAAGGCAAUAUUUGAUGCACAGCAGCUGGCAGAUGCACAGAACCAUGAGGGGGAUCCUGGAAGCCACACAGUUACCUUCCACAUCCCUCAGAUCAAAGUUGAGCCACCACCUUUAUCCCCCAAGGAGCAGCAGAGGCAACUGGAUAAGGCCUCCGAGGUGCAGGGCCAGAAGAAACUGAAGACUAGGAAGAAGCCAGAUACACGUGGGAAGACUUUCCAUGUUACACAGGAUUCCACUGAAAGCAGAGAGGAAAGAGUGGAGCCAGGCACUGCAAAGAGAAAGUCUUUCUCAUACACAGAGACAUGGUUCUGAACAGAGGUACAGCAGAGCCAAGCCUUUGCAGGAAACAUUCCGAGACUGCCACUACCCUCCAUUUAAUGUACGAAGGGCAGUGUUUAAUUUCUAGAAAAACAGAUAUUGGGGCUCAAUACCUUCUAACUGGGAAGUUCUCCCCCCACCCCGCAUCUCUGAUGUGCUGGAACUCUCUCAGUGGUGAGGAAAUGCACUCUGCACCUGCUCAGGGGCACUUCCUUCUAUUCUUACUCCUAUCAAAGGAGAUCAAGAGACUCAAAGAUCUUGAAGGAGGAGUGCCAAAUAGCUGAGGCAUCACAAUAAUAAAAUGUCCUUUCAUAAA